GAGGCAGCAGAACAAUGGCGCGCUUCCUGUGCAGCCGCGCAGUCACAACAAGAGGAGGAAGAGGAAAAACGACAGCUCUGGAUCGUCGUCGACUGCCUUGCGUGACAACACGGGGAUCGCGUUGAGGCUGCUGGUUGCUUCAGUUUCACCUGCAACAUGUCUGAUUUACUAAGAUAUAUCGACUACGACCACAAAGCCACCUUCCUGAAGAUGCUGAACCAGCAGAGGAUGGAGGGUGAGCACUGCGACGUGGUGGUGGUGGUGGAAAACAUCGAGUUCCGGGCUCACCGCUGCGUCCUGGCGGCGUGCAGCAACUACUUCAAGAAGCUCUUCAAGAAGCAGAGCGACGAGGACAAUUCCAUCGUGGAGCUGGACUUCAUCCGCUCCGACAUCUUCGAGGAGGUGCUCAAUUACAUGUACACGGCGCGGCUGGCGGUGCGGAAGAAGGACAUCAACAUGAUGAUGUCCUCGGGUCAGAUCCUGGGCAUCAACUUCCUGGACAACCUGUGCACGCAGAAGCGGGAGCUGACCAACAUGAAGACCCGGGAGAACCAGGCGCCGGGCGACCACGGCAUGCGGGCCCAGGACGCCAUCCUGAAGGAGCUCGCCAUGGAGGAGGUGAGGAAGAACAGCUUCUACGAUCAGGGCAUGGACGGUAUGGGGCCCGGCGGCUCGCACGUGUCGCAGCCGCACAACUACAACACCAACAUGGGCAAGGACCCGCACAGCCACAGCUGGGGCUCGUCCUCCUCCAGCGACAUGAAGCUGGAGUACCUGCUGUACGGCCACCGCGACCACGGCUCCUGCCAGGGCGCCGGCGCCAAGCCCAUGGACCACAACGCCAAAAAGGAGCGGCUGCUCACCGCCAACCGCCCGUACGGCUGCGAGCACUGCCCCAAAGCCUUCACCACCGCCGCCCACCUCAAGGAGCACCUGAAGAUCCACUCGGGCUUCAAGCCGCACCGCUGCGUGGUUUGCGGCAAGGCCUUCAUCCGGGGGCCCGACCUGAAGCGGCACGAGCGGGUGCACAGCAACGAGCGGCCCUUCGCCUGCCAGAUGUGCGAAAAGGCCUUCAAGCACAAGUCCCACCUGAAGGACCACGAGCGGCAGCACCGGGGCGAGCGGCCCUUCAACUGCGGCUCGUGCGACAAGGCCUUCAUCAAGGCGUCGGAUCUGAAGCGCCACUGGAACACCAUGCACAGCGCCAACCCGCGCAGACAGAUGUCGCUGUCGCCCGCCGCCUCCCAGCACGGUCAGGCGGAGGCCGCCGACCAGAGGGACUGGAAAAUGGAGACCGGGCCACACUCGCACAAUUCAGGAGACUGUUAAGCCUGCGAGCGCGCUUACACACACACACACGCAUAUACACACACACACUCUAAAAGAAAAACAUGAAGACAUCACACGGACUGUGAUGGCAGUGAGUAACAGAUCAUAGCAUGUUCAUAAGACUGUGGGGAUGUAUUAUUAUUCUAAAGAGUUAUGUCAAAGCGAUGUUUCCGUUCCACCUGUAAAAUCUUGUAAAUGUUUAGUUCACUCUACUAUACAGAUAUUUUUCACAAAGCAUCGUCGCUAUCUAGACCCGGGGUUCCCAUAACAUUAUUCUCUUUUACUUUAAUGGGAUGCGUAACGUUUAAAUGUUUGUUUAACCUUUACUGGAUUUUUAUGGCGAUGAAAAAGACGCAGAGUAAACGAGGGUUUCCUGGGGGGGAGAAGAGAUUUUUCUGCAUAACAUUUGUUGCAUUGAGUAUAUUCAUGUGGAUGUUUUUAAUGGAUGUGUUUAGUUGUAUUGAUUGAUAUUACACUGUAAAGAGUAA